AUGUAUAAGCAACCAGCAUUUGACCAUCCUUUGUUGAAAAAUCACACUCUCCAGUUAAAACCAAGUAGUCUUCCAAAAGGAAUGAAGCUUGCAAAAUCUAAACCAGAUUCUUUUUAUGCAUUUAAUGAUUCUUGUCCUUCUGGCACUGUGCUCGUCCACCGGACUCAGAAACAAGAUUUAAUUGAGUCUAAACUCUUGAGAACCCAAUUUACAAAACAAGUUGUAGCUGAUGACCGAAUUGUGGAACAAAAUCACUUUGCAAUAAUUGAAACUCCAUUUGCUCAAUUUUAUGGAGUAUACGCAAAAAUGGCGACAUAUAAGCUUCCAGAUCUACAAGCUAAUCAAACAUCAUCCAGUAGUAUAUAUCUUUUUGGCGAUGCAAAAUCUCCAACUAAUAUGAUCAUAGCUGGUUGGCAAGUUUCACCAUCCGUUUAUGAAACCAGUUAUCCUCGAUUUUUUACUUAUUGGACCAGUGAUGCUAAUGUUAAAACGGGAUGUUUGAAUUUGCAAUGCGCUGGUUUUGUUAGCACCACUAAUAUUUAUGGACCUGGAAGUUUUAUUCCUCAAUUUUCCACUUAUGGCGGCGAACAGAAAUAUCUAUCGAUAUUAAUCGCUAGGGAUUCUAUAACUGGCAAUUGGUGGAUUACAUAUAAUGAUGAGCUACCUUUGGGAUAUUUCCCCAAGGAAUUACUUCCAAAGAUGAAUGAUUAUGCCGACAUUAUACAAAUGGGUGGACGAGUUAAGUCUCCCUCGAAUGUGCCAAGCCCUCCGAUGGGCAGUGGUCAUCCAAGUAAUGAAGGACCUAAUAAAGCUGCUUAUUUCAUUGAAAUUCAAUUUAUUGAUCAGUCGAAUAACUGGUUUGUUUUGAAUCCUAAGGAUAUUUUGCCUGGGAUUGAUAUUGGUGAUUAUUAUAAUAUAUCAGAUAAUCAGUAUGUAGAUGAUAAAUAUGUUUUUGCUUAUGGAGGAGGUGGAGGUUUCAAAUAA